UGGGAUUGAGUUGGUGUUUUAAUCAUUUACAUUUUUUUCUUCUUUUAGUGUGUUAUAUGACUAAAAUCGUGAGAUAAUCUUUUUGUUUAGAGAAUGUCUUUUAGGGUUUGAGAAAAACGACUUUGGAGAGGAGUUCGGUGAUUCAGUUCGGUGAUUCAUUCCGAAUUAAUGACUAAUGCCCUUUAAUGUCCACCACAAGAUGGCGGUGUGACUCAGAGAGUGUGUGUGUGUGUGUGUGCGUGUGUGUGUCACCGCUGUAUGAGCUUCAUAUUGACAUCAGCGGAGCUCCAGCUCGUAGCUCCAUCCUCUCUGGAGUUUCUCUCCGCGGCGGCGCGGCGCUUUCAUCUCUGUCUCUUUGUAUCGGAAGCCUUUGAUGUUGAUUAGACGCGGCGCUUUGGUGCUGAUCUGAUCUGAGGAGGAAAGUUGCCCGAGAUCUCCGGGAGAAGCGGACCGGCUCCGGGUUCUGAUCAUGAAGUCUGAUGUUUCUGGGUGUUUGUGAGUCUGGAACAAUAAAUAACAGUUUAAGGAAUGUGAAGGUCUCCGCGGCGCGCGCAGACACACACACACACACACACGGUGAGAUGUUGGAUAAGUUGUUUGAUCGGAUGCAGGCGGUGUGAUUCAUGUCCGUACGAGCAACCGGACGUGCUGACGUCACAGCGGUACACACCGAGGAGAUCAAAAACUCUAAAAGUGUCUGAUACUGAACCCUGCUGGACCACGUGACCUCCCCUGCCUCCUGAGGAUGAGGAUGAUGAAGUAAUUACUGUUAAUAGCUCAUUUAUUAUAGUGUGUGAUGGAGUGUGUUACACUGACUGACUGUGAGGAAGUCCUGCUCUUCUGGAUUUAACACACACACACACACACACACACACACUUAAAAUAAAGGAUACUCACACAGAAGCAGAAGAUGAAGAGUCUAACCUGUGUGUUACUGCUGCUGCUUUUCCACUGCGGAGCUGCUCAAGACGAUGUCCCCCCGUACUUUAAGACUGAACCAGUGCGCUCUCAGCUCCACCUGGAGGGGAACCGCUUGGUCCUCACCUGUAUGGCAGAGGGGAGCUGGCCGCUCGAAUUCAGAUGGAUUCACAACACCACCGAGCUCACGCCGUUCUCCCUGGAGUACAGGUAUCUGAUUCCCUCUCUGGAUCAGUCUCAUGCUGGUUUUUAUCGCUGCAUUGUGCGGAAUCGAGUUGGAGCUCUGCUGCAGCGCAGGACGGAGGUGCAGGUGGCCUUUAUGGGUGCGUUUAAUGACACCGUGAGGUCUGAGAGUGUGUCUCAGGGUGAAGCUGCCGUGAUCACAGCGCCGCAGAUCCACAGCUUUCCUCAGCCGCAGGUCACUUGGUUCCGAGACGGCAGGAAGAUCCCACCAAGCAGCCGCAUUGCCAUCACUCUGGACAACACGCUGGUCAUCCUCUCAGCUGUGGCUCCUGAUGCUGGACGUUAUUACGCUCAGGCUGUAAAUGACAAAAAUGGGGAGAAUAAAACGAGUCAGCCAAUCACACUGACUGUGGAGAAUGUCGGUGGUCCUGCAGACCCCAUCGCUCCCUCCAUCGUAAUCCCCCCCAGGAACACAAGUGUCGUUUCUGGAACCUCAGAGGUCACAAUGGAGUGUGUGGCCAAUGCCCGGCCGCUGAUAAAGCUGAGUAUAAGCUGGAGGAGAGACGGAGUUCCUGUGCGCUCGGGUCUGAGUGACUUUAACCGCAGGCUGACUCUCCUCAGCCCCAUCGUCAGCGACUCAGGGUUCUACGAGUGUGAGGCAGAGCUACGGAGCAGCAGCGUACCAUCUGUUAGUGCUGGAGCAUUCCUGCAUGUGCUGGAACCUCCACAAUUUGUGAAGGAACCUGAGAAACACAUCACAGCUGAGAUGGAGAAGGUGGUAGACAUUCCUUGCCAGGCAAAAGGGGUUCCCCAGCCUGAAAUUGUGUGGUUUAAGGACGCGGUUCCCAUCAGUCCACUGAAGAAUCCUCGCUAUCAUGUUUUGGCUGCUGGGAGUCUGCAGAUUAACGGCCUCCUGCCUGACGAUACCGGAAUGUUCCAGUGUUUUGCUCGCAAUGCUGCUGGAGAAGUGCAAACCAACACCUACCUUGCUGUUACCAGUAUUGCCCCAAACAUCACUGCAGGUCCAUCAGACAGCACUGUGAUUGACGGGAUGUCAGUCAUUUUGCACUGCGAGACAGCAGGAGCUCCACGGCCUGCUAUUACUUGGCAAAAAGGUGAGCAUGUAUUAGCAAGUGGAUCAGUCCAGCUGCCUCGCUUUACCCUGUUAGAAUCAGGCAGCCUUUUGAUAAGCCCAGCCCACUUAUCUGACUCGGGGAGAUACACUUGUACCGCCAGCAACUCACGUGGCAUCGACCAGGCCUCAGCACACCUGGGGGUAUGGGCUCGUACCCGUAUUUCCAACCCACCUCAGGAUCAAAGUGUGAUCAAGGGUACUAAAGCCACCCUGACUUGUGGAGUGUCUCAUGACCCCAGUGUUACUGUCAGGUUUGUGUGGGAGAAGGAUGGUCAGUUAAUUGACCCCAGGUCGUCGCCACGGUUACGGCAGGACACUAACGGUACACUGCACAUCUCUCAGACCUGGUCAGGUGACAUCGGAAGCUACACCUGCCGAGUGACAUCACAGGGAGGAAACGAUUCCUACACUGCUCGCCUGAAAGUCAGGCAGCUGCCUCAUGCUCCAGAGAACCCAAGUGCAAUAUUGAGCUCAGUGGAGAAGAGAGCCAUCAACCUGACAUGGGCAAAACCCUUCGACGGAAACAGUCCCCUCAUACGCUACACACUGGAAGUGUCUGAGAACAAUGCUCCGUGGAUGGUUCUCAUAGCAGAUGUAGACCCCGGUGCCACAGCACUGACAGUGAGGGAACUGACUCCGGCUCGGUCCUAUCAGUUUCGCUUAUGUGCUGAGAACAAUGUGGGGAGAGGAGCUUACAGCACCGAGACGAGACGUGUGUCUCUCCCAGAGGAGCCACCCAGUGCACCCCCACAGAAUGUGAUUGCCAGUGGCCGUACAAACUCGUCUAUCAUGAUCCAGUGGCAGCCUCCUCCUGAGAAUCAGCAGAAUGGUGUGCUCCGUGGAUACAUCAUACGUUAUCGUCUAACUGGUCUCCCAGUCGACAUCCAGUACAAAAACAUCUCCAAUCCAGAGGUGACCAACCUGCUCCUGGAGGAUUUGAUCAUCUGGACGAACUAUGAGAUAGAAGUCGCGGCGUAUAACAGCGCUGGACUGGGAGUCUACAGCCACAAAGUGACCGAGUGGACACUGCAGGGAGUUCCGACUGUCGCUCCUGGUGAUGUUCAGGCUGAAGCUGUGAACUCCACGACCAUACGCUUUACCUGGACUGCACCCAACCCACAGUUCAUUAACGGCAUCAACCAGGGAUACAAGCUCUUAGCAUGGCAGGGGGGGCAGGAGGAGGAGCUUACAGUUGUUACAGUUCGGCCGAAUUUCCAGGAUGGCGUCCACGUCGGGUUCAUCAGCGGCCUAAAGAAAUUUACAGAGUAUUUUACAUCAGUGCUCUGUUUCACCACACCGGGGGAUGGGCCCCGCAGCCCCGCCCAGAGAAUACACACCCACGAAGACACUCCAGGUGCUGUCGGUCAUCUGAGCUUCACUGAAAUCCUCGACACGUCUUUAAAAGUCAGCUGGAGAGAACCGCAUGAGAAGAACAGCAUCCUCACCGGGUACCGCAUCUCAUGGGAGGAGUUUAACCGGACAAACACGCGUGUCACACACUACCUGCCCAACGUCACGCUGGAGUACCGCGUCACAGGACUCACCGCUUUAACUACCUACACCAUCGAGGUGGCAGCAAUGAUGUCUAAAGGACAGGGACAGCUGUCAUCCUCCACCAUCUCAUCAGGGGUACCGCCAGAGCUUCCUGGUCCUCCAACUAACUUGGCUAUCUCCAAUAUCGGCCCCCGUUCAGUUACUCUGCAGUUUAAGCCAGGUUAUGAUGGAAAGACCUCCAUCUCCCGCUGGCAGGUAGAAGCACAGAUCAGUGCAAUUGGAGAAAAUGAGGACUGGGUGAUGGUUCAUCAGCUAGCCAAUGAACCUCAGGCUCGAUCAAUGGAAGUACCUGCUCUCAAUCCCUACACCUUCUACAGAUUUCGUAUGCGUCAGGUGAACAUUGUGGGCACCAGCCCACCCAGCCAACCUUCCAGAAAGAUCCAGACUCUACAGGCUCCACCUGACAUGGCUCCACUUAACAUUACACUGCGCACCGCCAGCGAAACCAGCCUCUGGCUCAGAUGGGUGCCCCUGCCAGAGUGGGAGUAUAACGGAAAUCCUGAGUCUGUGGGUUAUAAAGUACAGUAUAGUCGGAUCGGAGGACAUGCUAAAGUCUUAAGCCACGUUAUUCCUGACCGUUUGGAGAGGGAGUUCACUAUUGAGGAUUUGGAGGAAUGGACCGAAUAUGAAGUCAGAGUCCAAGCGAUUAAUGGCAUUGGAGUCGGACCGUGGAGUCAGCCUGUAAGAGGACGGACCCGAGAAUCUGUGCCCUCCUGUGGUCCGUCUAAUGUCUCAGCUUUCUCCACAUCCUCCAGCAGUAUUCUGGUUCGCUGGUUCGAGGUUUCUGAGCCGGACAGAAACGGCCUCAUUCUUGGCUACAAGGUGGUGUAUAAGGAAAAAGACUCAGACUCCCCUCUUCAGUUUUGGACAGUAGAUGGAAACACCACUCACAGUGCUGAGUUAACAAAUUUGGGGAAAUAUGUCCUCUAUCAGAUACAGGUGUUAGCAUUCACACGUAUCGGAGAUGGAGUUCCAUCAACUCCUUCAAUCCUGGAACGCACUCUCGAUGACGUGCCUGGCCCUCCAGUUGGUAUUCUGUUUCCAGAAGUAAGAACCACUUCUGUCAGGCUCAUUUGGCAAUCUCCAGCUCAGCCCAAUGGAAUUAUCCUCGCCUAUCAGAUUGCCUAUCGUCUAAAUUCAUCCAGUAGCAACUCGGCGACGGUGGAUGUCCUGAACCCGAGUGCGCGGCAGUACACAGUGAGCUCACUGAAACCUGAAUCUGUUUACAAGUUCAGCAUCACUGCUCAAACCCGUAAAGGCUGGGGGGACGCGGCCGACGCCCUGGUGGUUACCACAGAAAAGAGAGCACGACCACAGCCUCCUCGCCAUCUUGUGGUUCCUCAGGAGAGUGUGCGGGCACGAAGCGUCUUGCUGUCAUGGGAACCAGGCAGUGAUGGUCUAUCUCCAGUCCGCUAUUACACAGUUCAGAUCAAGGAACUUCCUCAUCAGAAUUGGACUGUCCAAUCCGCAUCUGUCAACCAUGAGGUGGUGCCUUACACUGUGGAAAGACUGAAGCCCUUCACCUCAUACCAGUUUCGUGUAAAGGCCACUAAUGAUAUCGGGGACAGCGAUUACAGCGAGGAGAGUGAAGCUAUCACCACUCUGCAGGAUGUUCCUGAUGAAGCUCCCAUAAUCCUCUCUGUUACCCCUCAUACCACCACAUCUGUUUUAAUUCGCUGGCAGUCUCCAUCGGAGGAAAAGAUUAAUGGGAUUCUGCUCGGGUUCCGCAUCCGGUAUCGAGAGCUAGUUUAUGAAAGAUUACGAACUUUUAACCUUCAAAAACACUUUAGCUGGACUGAACUGACAUAUCCGUACAGUAUGAGGAACCUCAGUGACCCGUCCCUCAGCCAGUAUGAGUUAGACAAUCUGAGCAAACACAAGCGUUAUGAGAUCAGGAUGAGUGUGUUCAACGCAGUGGGAGAGGGUCCAAUCAGCUCACCACAGGAAGUGUUUGUAGGAGAAGCAGUGCCCACAGCGCCGCCGCAGAAUGUAGCCGUCCAAUCAGCGACUUCCACACAGCUGGAAGUGACAUGGGACCCGCCCCCAGUGGACAGGCAGAAUGGAGACAUACAGGGAUAUAAGGUCUAUUUCUGGGAGUAUGAUCGUAAGAACGAGACAGAGAAGUUAAAGACACUGUUUCUGCCUGAUGGAGGAGUGAAGCUGAAGAAUCUGACUGGUUUCACCACCUACAUGAUCAGCGUCGCUCCUUUUAACGCUGCUGGGGACGGACCGCGCAGCCCAGCCACCAGGGGGCGCACUCAGCAAGCAGCACCAAGUGCUCCAAGUUCUAUCCACUUCAGUGAACUCACCACCACGUCGGUGAACGUGUCGUGGGCAGAACCAGUUUUCCCCAACGGGAUCAUCGAUGGUUACCGCCUCGUCUAUGAACCCUGCACCCCCAUUGAUGGUGUGAGUAAGAUAGUAACGGUGGACGUGAAGAGAAACGCCCCAUUGUGGCUGAAAAUCAAAGACCUGGUUGAUGGAGUUACCUACAACUUCAGAAUCCGCGCCAAAACUUUCACUUACGGGCCUGAGGUGGAGGCUAACAUCACGACCGGCCCUGGAGAAGGUGCCCCGGGGCCCCCUGGUGAACCCUUCAUCUCUCGAUAUGGCUCUGCCCUCACUAUACACUGGACCAGUGGAGAUCCUGGAAGAGCUCCUAUAUCACGAUACGUCAUAGAGGCCAGACCCUCAGAUGAAGGCCUGUGGGACAUUUUGAUUAAGGAUAUUCCUAAAGAAGUGACAUCGUACACGUUCAACAUGGAUAUCCUGAGACAGGGGGUGAGCUAUGACUUCCGAAUCAUCGGAGUGAACGAUUAUGGAUACGGAUCUCCAAGCCAACCUUCUCCAUCUGUAUCAGCUCACAAAGUGGCUCCAUUCUAUGAGGAGUGGUGGUUCCUGGUGGUCAUGGCACUAGUCGGUUUGAUCUUCAUCCUCCUGCUGGUCUUCAUCCUUAUCAUCAGAGGACAGAGCAAGAAAUACGGAAAGAAAGAGAUAGGUAACAGCCCUAACUGUACCACUCUGACUCAUGGAGAAAUGGUGGGUCUGGACGAGAGCAGAUUUCCUGCGCUGGAACUGAACAACCGCCGUCUGUCCGUCAAAACCUCCUUCAACAGAAAGAACGGCAUCUACACCAGGUCCCCUCCUAGGCCGAGUCCUGGCAGUCUGCACUACUCUGAUGAAAACAUAAACACUAAAUACAGCGACCUGAUUAAAGCCGAGAGCAGCAGCUUAACUGAGAAAAAAUCAGAGCUGUCUGAUUCACAGGGCAGUGACAGUGAGUGUGAGGUCGACGCGACUCUUCAGAAUCAGACGCACUCGUUUGUAAAUCACUACAUCAGUGACCCCAUUUACUACAACUCGUGGCGCCGGCAGCAGAAAGGAAUCUCCAGAGCUCCGCCCUUUGCAUACAGCCAAUCAGAACCUACUGACCCCACUCCUGCCACUGGUCCCGCCUCCACUCCAGCCACACCCCCUAGCCCUGCCCACGCUGAGCCUCAGAGCCUCUUCAGACCCAAGGGCAGUCGGACUCCCACUCCGUCACAGCAAAGCUCCGCCCACUCCACUCUGUAUCGCCCACCGAGCAGCUUGGCACCUACAGCUACACCACGCCCACCCAGCAGCUUGGCCCCACCCACCACACCUCGACCACCAAUGGCAGGCUUUUCCUCUUUUGUCUGAUUGGCAAGUCACAGUGACUAGAGUUGUGUUAUAAUUCUUCUCCGAGGUCAGGUGCUUUAGGCUCCGCCCCCUACUUUACCGUCCAGGCUCCGCCCCCGCCACUACAGGUCUAAUUUUUCCCACUCAAAUGUCAUUACAUGGUUCUGUCACAAAAAAAGGAAACUUUGAGGCUCUGUCUUAAACACAAGACUUUUUAGAUUUCUUGAGAGAACAAUUUCAGGCUUUUCAGGACUGACACUCAUUGUCGACUUUAUUAGGAACACCUCUACACCUGGUUAUUUACACAUUUCUGUAAGCAGCUGAUCGUGUGGCAGCAGCACAUUAGCAUAAAAUCCCUCAGAUCAGCUCAAGAACUGCAGUUAGUGUUCACCUCAAACAUCAGGAUGAAAAAAAGCCUGACCACACUUUAUAUCCACAGAUAUGUCGUUUUUACAGGUAUUCCUAAUAAACUGGACAGUGAGUGUACAUGUGAUUACUGUUUGUAUUUGAAUGUCUGCUGUACUCAGGCCCUUUUGUUCCAACACCUCACCAACAGUCUAAUGUUCAUACAGAAUCAUCAUGUGAUAGAGAAUAAUUUUGGUAAAUAAGUGAAACAGUGAAUUUAGGAUUGUAACACAGCCCAGUCACUGUGGCUUCAUGACCCAAGACACUUUAAAACACCUGAACAGCACACACCCGAUGGAUGGAUGGAUGGAUGGACAGAUGGAUUGAUGGAGAGAUUGUGUUUUCUCUCUUUAUCCUCACCAGUCUGGCGGCUAAGUCGUGUCCUGUCAUGUGAUUUGUUUGCUGUUCGUUUUUUUUUUACUUGUGUGAAUGUGGUAACGCACAGAUAAUUAGGGUCCCUGCUAGCUGUCUGUGCUUCUGAUCCACAGAAAUGCCGACAUUGGGGGACGCAGUCUGGAACAAGGACAGGGCAGUAAGACGUCAGAAUCAGAAUCAUACAGAUUCAAGAUUCAAAGAAAUUGCUAAAUAUUCCCCAUUUACACGAGGUGUACAGAACGGUACAACCCAUUACAAAGCAGUUUAACAGUACAGUGAAGGUGUUUUCACAUUAGUGACCCGGGAUUGUGCCUGAGAACACUCGACCCCAAACACCAGUUUAUUUUGAUCAGUGUAGCUGGAGCAUGGUACAGAUAAGAAAGCCAAUCGUACCUGAACAUGGAAGUAGAUCGCUGUUUACAUGCGACAUCAUCAGUGGUUUAAGUUCAAGUUCAAGUUGGCUUUAUUGUCAUUAAAACCACAUACAGUUAGUACACAGUGAAACGAAACAACGUUCCUCCAGGACCAAGGUGCUUCAUGCAACAUAAACUUACAACAUAAAUUAACAGAGAAGCUAAACUAGCUAACCAAGAGGCCUCGUUAGCUGGCUAGCAGAGACGAGACAGAUAGUCCUAACAUGGUUUGUCUCCUCCGAAAUCUCUGUGUGUUUUGUGCGCUCCGGUCUCGUCCUCUGACCUACACGGCCAGAGCUCAUACAGUAGGAAGGCACACAUUUUUACAGAAAUAUCAGUAAUAUUAAGCAUAGCAUGAAGGUUGACUUCCUUCUUCUCCUCUUCUCGUUGUGUUUACUGGCGGCUCAUCAAUCAAGCCUAAUAUGAGAACACCCUAAGAGUCUCAGCUAAUCUGGAAUGUUCCAGCUGUGAAACUCCAGCACAACUUCAAAGCAUUCUAAAGACUGAGCUGCUACAAUGUAACUAGGCCAAGUUCUAAACCUGUUACAGUGUAACAACGUACAGUUGUGUGUCCAGUUCUGAGCUUUUACACUCUGGAACCCUGCAGGUCAGAAUGAACAUCUCUCCUCUCUAGUGUGCUUUGUAUUAGUGCACUACUUAGUGUGCAUGAUCCUCUAGUGUAGGGGCUAGAGAGAUUAUUAUUUUCUCUCUCUCAGCUGGAUAAGGGUAUAGAUGGAUGAAGGGAUCAGUGAAGUGAGCUGUAAUAGGCUAAAGAAGGGAUGAAUGCAGGAAUGAUAGAGGGAUUAGGGUUUGGGUAAAGGAAAGAGGACGUGAUGGAUGGUGGGCUAAAUUGUCAUGUAGUAUUCCACUGUGUGUGAUCACUGUACACAUUUGUUUAAUAUUUCCAUCACAAAAUCACAUAGCGUGUUAAGAAAUAGAAAACUAAAAACAAAUUAGAAAAAAAGGUUUAUUUUUACUAUGAUAAACACUGAUGUCAAAGUUCGUUCUUUCUUCCAUGGUAAUAGAUGGACUCGAUUCUCAUAUGUGGUGCCAGGUUGUCACCCACUUCCGCUUUUAUUAUUGAUGUCAUCAGGACACAGGAAAUGACAUCACUACUACGAUGUCAUCUUCAGUUUUGUAGUACUAGCUAUCUGCUGUUCUUCAUUAAGUUCUUCAUGACUACGAUUGUGUUUAUUUUAUUUUAAAUCUUCGCUCUCUCUCGCUCUCUCUCUGUGUGUGUGUGUGUUUAACUGCUUGAAACAUUAGUUUAGCUGUAUGUUUAUAUUUUCUGUGAUCAUGUAGACACAGUGACAGUUAAUGCCCUCGCGUAGGUUAGCCGAAACAACUCUCUGGCUCUAAACAGUCCUAAUGUCCAACGCUGAGGCUCUGCCACAUCAUCUUCUCUUUAGUGUUCACCUUCAGCAGGUCCAGAGAAGGGGUUUUUCAAAGUAGAUACUCAGAUAACGACAGAGCAUCAGUUGAGGUGUUUAGGAACUCACACAUCGUUUCUUCUUUUUGUUUUAGUGAGAUGUCUGGCAGCUGUGUUUUAAAUCAAUUUUCUCACUUUUUUGGCCAUGCAAUUAAAUACAGUGUACGUAAUAAAGCACUUUUAACAAUGGACUUUGCCACAAAGCCAUUUUACAGAAACCUUCUAAGGCUUAAAUUUAUCCCUAAUGUUCAGUUCAGACAUGUCCAAUCAGAAGAACAUUCUAUAAUCAGUGUUAUUACAAACUAAACGCACAAAUGACUUUCAUGAUUUUGUAUUGACAGAAAAACUCCCUCGGCUUUCUCAUCAGGGACUUUUUUCCGUACAUGCUGUAAUUUAUUUAUUUAAAUCUUCAAUUCUGUAAAGCUGCUUUGCGACAGUGACCGUUGUAAAAAACACUAUACAAAAAAAAUUGAAGUGAAUAGUGAGCUCAUUAUGGAUCACAACCUCACAUCUAUGGUCUAUGUAGGCCACAUAACCUUCAUCAUCGGCCCUCUCUAGACAGAAGGGCUUGACUGCAAAACACGAUAAAAGCUAUUUUUAGGCUUUCUGACAUUGUUCUUCUCCUCAGACACAUAAGACUGGCGAUAACAAAACUUCUCAUUUGAAAAACUGGUACAUAUCGUUCUUUUAUAAGAUUUGAACUUCUAGGAGCUUAUUUUAAAGCAAAACAGUAGAUUUUAAAAAGCCAAUCACAUUUCUUGUUUCUGUCAUAUGAUCAGUGAAGUUAAACUACAGCUCGGCAAAAACAUCAGCUGCUGUGAAUGAGCUAAAUUUGUUUGUUGCAGUUUUAGAGAAUUUUAAAGUCCAGAACCAGGAGGUUUGAAGUCUGUUAGUGUUGCUGCAGUUUCCCCGGCAGUCAUGGACUUCUGUAUUAAAGCUCUGUCACAAACUCCUGAAGUGAAGCUGAAACUGAUAGAGGUCGGCGCUGAUGAUGCUGAAGUUUUUGUAUUGUCAUUGUUAUUUCUCGUGAUCUUCAGCAGUCCUUUAAAUUAUGAAGUUUUUAGUGUGCAAUCUUGACCCAUGUUGCUGCCACUGAUUCGCUACAAAAACAGAAAGUGUGAGAGAAAGAUAACUACAGGCUGAUUUAUCCAUUGGGACAAAACUGUAGGAGGUGAUGAUAUAGGAUUUCGUAAAAUCAUACAAAAUCAAAUAUAUAUAUAUGGAUUUUGCAGUUAAAGCCUGCAUCAAUAAAGGUCCAGCUUUUAAAGUUUAACAAUUUUUAAAAAGUAAUUAAAAUGUAAAAAAUAGAAUUAAUUUUAUUACAACACACACACACACACACACCAUUCUGUAAUCUUUGGGUAAAAGUUAGCGAUCAUUUUAUCAUUGUUGUAUUAAAGAAUGACAUCACUGCAUCUUUUAUCCUUUUGAGGGGGGCUGUGUGAAUGUACCAAUGUGUUGGCGAUAGUUAGCAUUAUGCUACAUUAGCAUUAUGCUAAAAACACAGUGAGAUCAGGGCUGAGAUGAUAUAUCAGUGCAAUAUGAUCACUGGUUUAUGGUACAGUGUGAUGUUAUCAGAGAGAUCAGUAUCAUUCAUGUAUCGUAUCGCCCCGCCCCUGUGUUUCAUCACAGCUGGGUUCAGUGUGAAGCUGAGUCUCUACCUGUCAGCGUUUCAUUCUCAUGCCAUAUAGAUCUGUGUUCUUUAUUACAGUGUAUAAAAUCACACUAUAAUCAGACACACCGAUCCGGAUUGAAUGUUGAGCUCCAAGAUAUGAUAUUAUUUUCUAAAUAAAAUAAAGCAGA